AUGGCGCAAGAGGAGGAAGCGGCGGCUGUGGCAAAAGUAGCACAAGGGUCGCCAAGCCCAGCACCUCGUCCCUGGCGCAACCGAACUGGUAGAGGAGGGUCUAAGGGCACACCCACCCUGCCGGCACCCGGAGCUGCUGCCGGCGCCUCGGGGAGAGCUACACCAAUCAGUACAAGCGAGAGCCGGAUGCAAAAGUUCUUAGCUCAGUCGCCAUUGGACAUUGGCGGCCGGCGCACAGCACGCCGCAUUGGUGAGGGCAUUUAUCAAGGCAAUAGUGGUGGUGGCGGCCAAGAUCCACCAUCACGCUUGCAACGGCGGAGCACCACGAAUGGCGACGACGCUCGAAACAUUGCUAGCAACAUCACACCCGCGCACUCUGAGCAUGGCGACGGAUCGGACCUUCGAUGGAUCCGGUAUGAAGAGGACCAGGCACGUAUGCAAGUUGCCAUUGGCGAAAAACCGGGUGGUUUAUUCUCACCCAAAGCCCGUGUCAGUCCUAAGAUCGCUGUCGCUGGCCGCGAGCUACACCGUCGGGCUAGUAAUACCAGUCUCGGUGAGAAGAGCAAUGUCCCUGUAUCUGUGACAACCAACCGCACAACAACCUCAUCUGGGGUGUAUUCGGCACCGGCCAACCGAGGAAGCAAGCCGGCCAGCUCCCUCAGGCGCAUGGUAUCUGAGUCCGAAGACGUCACUAGGAUUUUUAAAACGUCUUCACCGGGACUGGUGAGAGAAACCAAUUCUGGGGACAUGGUCUAUGCUACCGACCCUUCUGCUGCUCCGACUCAAUUCAGAUCGACUGCUGUUCCGUCACUGGCGGCAGCACAAACUGCAGAAGCGGAUCUGAAUGAGUCUCCUGGGAAAAGCUUUGCCUGGGAUGCCGACGAGGAUUUUACGGCCAACGACCUGAUGGCAUCCGAGAGCCCGCGUGUUGCGCUUCAAAGUGGAACUGGUGUCGAUGUUGCCCCCGAUACGGUGCCCUCAAAGACCCAUCAAUCUCGACCGCGGAACUCCAAACUCGAGGAGAUACGUCGAUUGGAGUUGGAGGCGGAUUUGAUCUUCCCCGAAGACGCUUUGAUCGAAAAUCGGCGACAUUCUAACCGCGACGAGAUCAUUCCAAACACUGGCGCCGUGGACGCGGAAAUGAGUCGACAUAGCGAACACGGAGAUGCUGGUGAAGGUGGUGGGUUGGACCCGCAAAACUUGCGCCGCCCCGGCCUACCAGUAGAACGGACCAACAGGACAUUGGACGACAUCCGUGCCCGGGAAGAUCAGCCUAUUUCAAAACGGGAAAUGUCGGCUAUGAGACUAGACGAGAUCCGACAACAGAACGCUGAGAGCCGCCAGAAGCCAAUUGACGCUGCCCGAAAGUUGAGCCACGAGCAUUUGCGCGCGGAGGCGAUUCGCGAUGGACAGGACGACGUUGUCGAACUGGCAUUUGAUAAGAACGAGACUAAGACUGAUGUAGCGACACGAGCUGCGAGAGACCGUGCUCUCUAUGGCGAGGACAGUGAACAUAUCCCCAACACCCCCAUUACGAUUUACCGGUCAUCAUCGACCGACCGUGGGCGGAAGCUCCUGAGCGCGGAGGACGGUGGCAGCGACAAUGACACUGCUAAGAACGUGAGUGUCAGCCCCACAGGCUCGCGCAAAUCCUCAUCUUCCACGCACUCGAGAACUGAGUCGCAAGAGCUGCUUCGCAAGCUGGCUCGCGUAACUACCUCUGUUGUCGCGGCCGCCGAGCGGAAAGACAAAGCAACGAUGGGCCCUCAGAUAUUGAAUAAGAUGCCAGGCGGUGACAAUGUGCGAGGCGGAGCAGGACAAGGAGCACCGCCCGACAACGACAACUUUGCAUUUGACAAAAAUGUCGGAUUGAAACUGCCCCGGUCUCGAGACGGCGACACACUGCGGCCUACGGUUGGAUUUGCACAGCUGCGGCGGCAGGCGUCCACAGAAUCGGCUUCAACUAAGCGUUCUAGCCUGGCUCAGUCGGACGGCGACCCAACAGAUCGUAUCGAGGCUGAAAUGAAGUUAUUUGCGGCCGGCGAAAACCAUUCGGAGAGAGGAUCGAUUCGUGCCCCAUCACCUGACGAGAAUUUGGAUGAUCUAGGUGCUCCGGUGCCAGGCUUGGUAGCUAAGAGCUCGUCGAUGGUCGAUGAUGCAACCCCCAGAUCGAACAAGGUGAUGAACCCUCUUAUGCAGCCAACACCGCGUGUGACAGGGGCGUACGUUGAGACACCGGCGACAGCAAGGACAGAGAAGAUGCUGGAAAUGAUUAACGCUCCUGCUAGCGAAUCAGAGGCUCCAUUCCAGACCAUUUCUGUUGCUUCAUCCAAGGCAGUUGAAAAGAAGCGGGCAUCCAUGCCACUUCCUGGGAUCCUGUCAUUGUUGCGAGGCUCUACAGGCACCGACACUGAUCCAGGUACUGCAGCCGUCACCGAGACCGUGCCGGGCGAUGGACAUACGCCUUUUGGAGAAGCGCCUUCUGUGGCUACGAAGGAUGUCGAGGCUCGUUUCCACCGGCUAUCCUCCUCGCAGAAAAUGUCAAGAUCUCGCUCGCGGUCUGCGUCGCGGUCAUGGACCCCACUUGUGAAUUCAGCCAAGCCGUCAAGUGCCCGCGAAGACCUAUUAGCCAUCCAACGUGACCAGCAAAUUGACGAUUCGACGGUUGAUGACUUUGACGAGGUCUUGGCCACGCACACAGCAGCUGGCUUAAACGACAAGACGGCUGUUUUAGGUGGCGAUAGCACGACAGACUCUCAACGGCUGCGGCGGAUGAGCCAGUCAAUCUCGACGUACCUUCUGGAUGUCCAGUCAAUGAAAAAGGGGAUUGAGCGGCUGGAGGACCAGGUGUCCCACCCCGAGACUAGAGUAGAGGCUGCGCUUGAGCUGCAGAAGAAGAUCAAGCAGGAAGCGGUGACUGACACGAAGCGGGGGGCAACCACUCAUGAGAAGUCCGUAAUCGGUCCUAUUCAGAAAAGAGUGAAGGUUGAACCAGGCAGUGACCGCAUCCUGAACUUCAACGCCGCUGUCUCAAAGCAAACCAAGCAACCCACAAAGGAGCACAAGCGGCAUGGCACCAGUUCUUCCCAAACUGUGCCUAAGAAGGAAGGCAAAGAUGAUACAUCUGUGUCCCCCGCAUUCCCAAAGACAUUGUUUGUUGGGUCUACACCGACGGACGCAGUUUACCUGCCACGGCUGUAUCGCUCGAGUCCUGGCAACACGCAGUUGACACUUCUCGGCAUUCUCGUCCUAACAUUGUCGGUCUGGCUUGCAUUCGAGAGUACGGCAUGCGCGUUGUUUUGCCGACCCGAAGCGUGCCAUAGUGGCCAGGCUUGUCAAUGGUCACCAGACGAUCCGUCAUUCGGUUCGGCCAUUCCAGUAAAAUUGGAUCAGUGGCUCACAGGCGGCCAAGGCCGAUCGCUGGCUACCUGGGCGAGUGACGAAGUUGGAGACUGGGUGGCUGAUUUGUGGGAUGCAGCGACGGGCACGGAUAUUCGACAGGUUGACUCAACAUAUUUCACUUUCGACGAAAAGCGGCGCCACCGCAGACGGCUGCAGAAGAGAGGUCUUAUCCAGCCUUGGACUCCAACGACCGAAACGCGGCCCAAGCUGGAGGCGUUGCGACGUGCGGGCGAGGCGCGUGAGGAGGAGCGUCGUGAUCGAGAGGAGCAAGGCUACAGCAGCAGGUACGACGGAGGUUACUUGGAGGACGACGGUGUCGACGAUGGAUUUGAGGAUAUUGUGCGGGCGAGCGAACGGAUUCUGGGGGACAAGAAGGUGAGGGGUUGGUGGUGA